GCAAAGCGCGACUUGUCCUCUUCGUCGCCAUCUGUAAAAAUGCCUAAAACUAAGAGGGUCAAGGUUAAGAAGGUGGCCCCUGCUCCUUAUGCAGCAGCCAAGCCAGUACCCAAGAAGACUGUCAAUCCACUAAUCGAAAAGAGACCAAAGAACUUUGGUAUUGGUGGUGACAUUCAGCCAAAAAGGAAUCUUGGAAGGUUUGUUAGAUGGCCAAAAUAUGUCAGACUCCAGCGACAAAAAGCCCUUCUUUACCAGCGUUUGAAGGUUCCUCCAGCAAUCAACCAGUUUGCGCAGACAUUGGACAGACAGGCUGCCACCCAGUUAUUUAAGCUUCUGCACAAGUACCGUCCUGAGACAAAGGCGGAAAAGAAAGUCAGGCUCACGGCCAAAGCUGAACAAAAAGCUGAAGGCAAAGAUGAAGCUUCUGGCAAGAAACCAGUUGUAGUAAAGUAUGGUAUCAACCAUAUCACUGGUCUAGUUGAGAGCAAGAAGGCACAGUUGGUAGUCAUUGCACAUGAUGUUGACCCAAUUGAGAUUGUUGUAUGGCUUCCAGCCCUUUGCAGAAAGAUGAAUGUGCCAUAUUGUAUUGUGAAGAGCAAAGCAAGGUUGGGAAAGGUUGUGUACAAGAAAACUGCCACUGCUCUCUGCUUUACUGGUGUCCGUCCAGAGGACAAACACUCCCUAAACAACCUGAUAGAGUCUGUCAAGACUAAUUAUAACGAUCRUUUUGAUGAGAUCAGAAAACACUGGGGAGGUGGAAUCAUGGGUCCCAAGUCUUUGGCUGCUACUGCUAAGAUCGAGAAGGCCAAGCUCAAGGAAAUGAAAGUGUAGACAUGAAAAUAAUUGUGCUGAGAAAUAAAAUCAGAAUAACCUUUC